UGAGGCCGCCAGGGCCGCCCCUGGCGCGGCCACCGCAGCCGCGGGCCCCGUGGCCGACCUGUUCCGGGCGUCGCAGCUGCCCGCCGAGACGCUGCACCAGAUCACAGAACUGUGUGGUGCCAAGCGGAUUGGUUAUUUUGGUCCAACACAGUUUUACGUUGCCUUGAAAUUAAUUGCUGCAGCACAGUCUGGCCUCCCUGUGCGGAUGGAGAGUAUUAAAUGUGAAUUGCCGCUGCCUCGCUUUAUGAUGUCAAAGACGGAUGGUGAGAUACGAUUUGGGAACCCAGCUGAGCUGCAUGGAACUAAGGUUCAGAUUCCAUAUUUAAUCACGGAAAAAAAUACCUUCAAAAGAAUGGACGAUGAGGAUAAACAGCAGGAAACACAGUCUCCCACGAUGUCACCCCUCGCUUCCCCUCCUUCUUCCCCGCCUCAUUACCAGAGGGUGCCCUUGAGCCAUGGCUACAGCAAACUGCGGAGCAGCACAGAGCAGAUGCAUCCAGCUCCUUAUGAAGCUCGACAGCCCCUUGUCCAGCCUGAGGGAGCCUCAUCGGGGGGCCCAGGAGCCAAGCCCCCUCGGCAUCAGGCUUCCCUUAUCCGGUCCUUUUCAGUGGAGAGAGAACCACAGGAUAACAACAGUAAUUACCUGGACGAACCCUGGAGGAUAACAGAAGAGCAGCGCGAGUAUUAUGUCAAUCAGUUCCGAUCCCUUCAGCCUGACCCGAGUUCCUUCAUUUCAGGUUCUGUGGCCAAGAACUUCUUCACCAAAUCAAAGCUUUCCAUUCCAGAACUCUCCUAUAUAUGGGAACUGAGUGAUGCCGACUGUGAUGGAGCCCUGACCCUGCCUGAGUUCUGUGCUGCGUUUCACCUCAUUGUGGCCCGGAAGAACGGCUACCCACUGCCCGAGGGCCUGCCUCCAACUCUGCAGCCAGAGUACCUGCAAGCAGCCUUUCCUAAGCCCAAGUGGGAGUGUGCGUUAUUUGAUUCUUAUUCUGAGUCAACGCCAGCAAACCAACAACCCCGGGACUUGAGUCGGAUGGAGAAGCUAUCUAUUAAAGACAUGGCUGACUUUCCUGUCCCUACCCAAGAUGUGACUGGUGAUGACAAACAAGCUUUGAAAAGUACUGUGGAUGAAGCCUUACCAAAGGACAUGUCUGAGGAUCCAGCCACUCCUAAGGAUUCCAACAAUCUCAAAGCAAGACCAAGAUCCAGAUCUUACUCUAGCACCUCCAUAGAAGAGGCCAUGAAAAGGGGCGAGGACCCUCCCACCCCGCCACCGCGGCCACAGAAAACCCAUUCCAGAGCCUCCUCCUUGGAUCUGAAUAAAGUCUUCCAGCCCAGUGUGCCAGCCACUAAAUCAGGAUUGUUACCUCCACCACCUGCGCUCCCUCCGAGACCUUGCCCAUCACAGUCUGAACAAGCGUCCGAGGCCGAGUUACACUCCCAGCUCAACAGAGCCCCCUCCCAAGCUGCAGAAAGUAGUCCAACAAAGAAGGACAUACCAUAUUCUCAGCCCCCAUCAAAGCCCAUCCGUAGGAAAUUCCGACCUGAAAAUCAAGCUACAGAAAACCAAGAGCCUUCUCCCACUGUAGGCGGGCCAGCUGUAGCAACCGUGAAACCCCAUCCAACAGUCCAAAAACAGUCUUCCAGACAGAAGAAGGCUAUUCAAACUGCUAUCCGCAAAAAUAAAGAGGCAAACGCAGUGCUGGCCCGCUUGAACAGUGAACUCCAGCAGCAGCUCAAGGAGGUUCAUCAAGAACGGAUUGCAUUGGAAAACCAAUUGGAACAACUUCGUCCAGUCACUGUGUUGUGACUCCCAAGAUUCAAGUAACAGUGGGUGACCUUUUCUGCCAAGGUCUUUCCUUUGAAUAUUUCAACCCAACUACUUGUCAUAGAUGUCUGAGACUGUGUCAAGAGCUGUGAGCAGUGGAAUAUAAUCCAUAUCACCUUUUCUCUUUUACUUCACUUGUACGUUUUACUGUGGUGGAAAAAAUACAACUGAUUAUCACACUUGAAAUUGUAAUUAUCAGUGGAAUUUAUCUCCCAUUCUUAAGUACUUCAUCAAGGUGUUAGAUGUUGCUCCUUACCAAAAGCCAGUCUUCUAGCAAAUAAAAACAAUUUAGAGAAUUAUUUAUUUAAAGAAUUUAUGAUUUGUACAAAACCUUAUAACUCAGUACCUUCAGGAUGCUUGUUUUAUUUUUGUAUGUAUAUCACUUACAGUAGGUUGGUUUCCUGAAUAAUUGAGAUUCCAACUGGAUAGUCUUUGGCAUGAUGAGAAUAAAAACUAAAAGCAAA